CUGACGCCUAGCCUUUAGACAGUGUUGUUAACAGUGGGAACCGAAGGCCCCAUCUGCUCUAGCCCCUGGGCAGUAGGGGCUCCCCCAGAGGGGCCACCAGGGCCCAGUGCUUCAUAGAGGAGCAGGGGCAGCGAGUCUGGGCAGCGCAGCCUCUGGCCGAAGCCCGAUCUGGCAUAUCCUUCUGCUCAUAAUGAGAAUAGUUCUGCUCCAAUCAGCCAAGAUGAACCUCAUGGACAUCACCAAGAUCUUCUCCCUCCUGCAGCCCGACAAGGAGGAGGAGGACACCGACACGAGGGAGAAGCAGGCUCUCAAUCAAGCAGUGUACGACAAUGACUCCUAUACCUUGGACCAGCUUUUGCGCCAGGAGCGUUACAAACGUUUCAUCAACAGUAGGAGUGGCUGGGGUGUUCCUGGGACACCCUUGCGCUUGGCUGCUUCUUAUGGCCAUCUUAGCUGUUUGCAGGUCCUCCUGGCACAUGGUGCUGAUGUUGACAGCUUGGAUGUCAAGGCACAGACACCACUUUUUACUGCUGUCAGUCAUGGCCAUCUGGACUGCGUGCGUGUGCUUUUAGAAGCUGGUGCUUGUCCUGGUGGUAGCAUCUACAACAACUGUUCUCCUGUGCUCACAGCUGCCCGUGAUGGUGCUGUUGCCAUCCUGCAGGAGCUCCUGGGCCAUGGCGCAGAAGCCAACGUCAAGGCUAAACUACCAGUCUGGGCAUCAAACAUAGCUUCAUGUUCUGGACCCCUCUAUUUGGCUGCAGUCUAUGGGCACCUUGACUGUUUCCGCCUACUUUUGCUGUAUGGGGCAGACCCCAACUACAACUGCACUGACCAGCACCUAUUGGCUCGUGUCCCACGGCCCCGCACCCUCAUUGAAAUCUGCCUUCACCAUAAUUGUGAGCCAGAGUACAUCCAGCUUUUAAUUGACUUUGGCGCUAACGUCUACCUUCCAUCUGUCUCCCUGGACCUGAACUCACAAGAUGAUAAAGGCACUGCAUUGCUGCUACAGGCCCGAGCCACUCCACGGUCACUACUAUCACAGGCCCGUUUAGUUAUCCGCAGAGCCUUACGCCAGGCCAGCCAGCCACAAGCCAUAAACCAGCUGGAUAUUCCCCCCAUGUUGAUUAGUUACCUCAAACACCAACUGUAAUCUUGCAACCUGCCCAGAAACCCACGAUGCCUUCAAAAACUACCCAGGCACUCAAGUAUCUGGUGGGCACUACAGCUCUACCCACUCACCUGGAGCUGCUCUCCUGUAUUAUCCUCCACAAUAAAAUCCUCAACAAAAUAAAU